GCUGGUGUCGCUGCAACUGUCGCUUUCUGAGUUUGGAUAUAUUUGGGAGGCGUAUCGGUACUUUGGAAAUUUUACUCCUUGUGUUGUUUCGUGUCGAUCAGCUCAAGAAGUACGUUAACCUGAUCUCUGGGAACGGUGAUUCUACUGGUUUAUCAUCAUGUCUGCCGGUGGGAUCCCCGACAAAGUCCUAAGAAAUGGAGACUUGAUAAUAAAACUUGAAGAGAUAGCCAAAGAUACAGCUCUUUUGAAUGGGGUUUUAAUGCGGACUAAAGACACACCAAAUUCACCUGAGGUGGUGAACUAUGCGCCAUUCACUCUCUUCCCCUCCCCCGUGCCCAGAGCACUCUUCCAGCAGGCUUUGGCAGUGCAGACGCACUUCAACCGACUGGUGGACAGGAUCAGCCAGAAUCCCAGCUUCCUUGAGGAGGCUCUGGCCAGCACUAUCAAAGUCGACGAUUUCACCGCAAGGCUGUUUAAGAUAUACAGACAAGUACUGCAGGAGCCCCAGUCUCAGUCUAUUGUUUUGGGUCUCAAUCGCUCUGACUACAUGUUGGACCAGAGUGAAGAUGGAAAUGUGUCUUUAAAACAGAUUGAGAUCAACACUAUUGCAGCCAGUUUUGGGGGUCUUUCCUCAAGGACUCCUGACGUCCAUCGGCACAUUCUAAGGGUUGCAAAUCGAAUGGAUGAGCUCAAACAAAUACUAGAUAACAAUCCGGCUGCAGGGCUAGCCAAAGGGUUGGCCAAAGCCUGGGAACUUUAUGGAUCUGAGAAGGCUGUGGUCAUGUUUCUUGUUGAGGAUAUCCAGAGAAACAUUUAUGAUCAUCGAUUUGUGGAGAAUGAGCUGUGGAAAAGAAAUAUCCCUGUAAUACGAAGACAGUUUGAUGAAGUAUAUAAAACUGGAUCAUUGGAUGAGAACAAGAGACUCUUUGUGGAUGGACAAGAAGUUGCAAUCGUUUAUUUCCGCAAUGGAUAUAUGCCUAACAAUUACUCUUCAGAACAGAGCUGGGAAGCACGGUUGAUGAUUGAACGAUCACUUGCUGUGAAGUGUCCAAACAUAAGUACCCAUCUUGCUGGAACCAAGAAGAUCCAGCAGGAGCUGGCCAGGCCUGGAGUCCUGGAGCGGUUCUUUCCAGAUGAACCUGAAACAGUGGCUCAGAUUCGGGACACUUUUGCCGGCCUGUACACACUAGAUCUGGGAGAUGACGGGGAUAGAGCCGUGGCCCUGGCUUUGGCAAAUCCUGAUCUCUAUGUGCUGAAACCACAAAGAGAAGGAGGAGGAAACAAUAUUUAUGGAGCGGAGAUUCGUCAGGUGCUAGAGGGCAUGAAGGACAGCUCAGAAAGGACGGCCUACAUCCUGAUGGACAAGAUCAAGCCCCGCCCUGUGCACAACUAUCUGCUCAGGGAAGGAACACCCCUGAGACUGAGUACUUGCCUGAGCGAGUUGGGCGUGUUUGGGGCUUACGUCAGGAAAGGAACAGAUAUGGUGCUGAAUGAGUGCGUUGGCCAUCUGCUGAGGACUAAGAGCUCAGAACAUGCUGAUGGAGGUGUCGCUGCAGGAGUGGCUGUCCUGGACAAUCCCCUGCUGGUCUGAGUUACACUGCCUCCUCCUGGACAUUAAAGGAAAUUCACAUGGACAAAGGAAGGAGACCAAAGUCCUCACCCCAUUCCUCCUCAAACAGAACUGGAGCUAAAACACUGAGUCCUCUUAAAGUACCAUGAACACUCCUCUAAAGUAAUCUCACUGGUGGUUUCAAAUAUGCUCUCCUCUGUUCAUUCCCUGUCCAUAAAAUGUUAAUCUGGUUCUUGGGUGGAGCAGAAGAAGGUGGUUUGAGGUACCAACACAGGUGCAGUAACUGUCAAAUGUGUCCGUUUGGACUCAUUUAAGGUUUGAUUUUCCACAUUUUGAAUUAGACAAGGCAAGCAACUCUUAUUCCCAUUUAGUGUCAAAGAUAACUUGUAUUUCCUUUGUCAUGUUUUUGUAAUACGUUUGUAUUUUCUCUCAUAACUAAGACAAGCUGAUGAUGAAUUUCUCUCCGAAUUUUGCCGAAAUUAAACUGAGAAAUGCACAUUGCACAGAGAGUUAUUUUGAGGUGAUCCUCAUUCAAUUUAGGGAAUCUGAUCUGACAGUGAGGCAUUAAAAAAAGACAAGAACAAGAUUAUACUGCUCCAACAAAGGCUUCACACCAAGUUUAUGGAAAGAAGUACAGACCAAGAAAUAACAAACUUUUAUUUUUGCUGUGAGAUUGAAUCAAUGUGUACAAUCUGAUUUCAAAUUGUUGACUACUUUAAACACAGGAACACAUUGUAGAAAUAAACUGUUUAUGCACAUUUGUAUUUUUCAUUGAAUGAAAGGUUGCAAGGUCACUUAUCACAGUUGCAAAGCUGUUAAAAGACAUAGAUUUGUGAUGUUCAGUAACUUAUUUUUAAUGUUAUUUUCAGAGAUACAUG